AUGCUCCAAGGGUGGUUAUUCGUAAUUCUUGUUCCCCAAGCAGUCCUUCCUCAUUCCAUACAGUUUGGAAUGAUGCACUACACGGCCGUGCCCAUUUUUGAGGCAGAAAUAUACACCAAUAGGUCUGGGGAUGUGGAUGUGGUUUUCAAACAAAAGGGUCAUUUGAUUUUCUAUAUUAACCUGAUUUUGAUCGUUGACGAGAGCCAAGUAGAGUGGAAUGGUGGAGCCUCAAUUGUCAAUGGUGGCAUUGGAUGCAACUUUACGUCCUUAAGGUUACUAAACAUCCAAAUGAAGGUGUCAAGACUGUCAGUACUUAUAUAUGGUACACCCAGGUAG